ACUGGUGGCGCUCGUGGCAUUGGCCUGGAAGUGGUUCGGGGUAUGGCCGAGGCUGGGGCCGAUGUUGCCCUGCUCUACACUAGCACGGCUGACGCUCCUGAGAGUGCUGCCAAGAUUGCUAAGGAAACUGGUCGCCGCGUCCUGGCCUACCAAUCCGAUGUCACCAAUCGGAGCAAGAUCGCCGCUACACUCAAUCAAGUUGCCGAGAAAUUCGGCCGGCUUGACGUAGUCAUCGCAAAUGCAGGCACUUGCACUAACAGACCAAGAUUGGAGUACGAUGAGGAGAGUUGGGCUCGUGAUAACCGCGUCAACUACGACGGGGUUUUUUGGACCACGCAAGCUGCCGGCAAGGAUUUUAAGAAACAGGGGAAGGGUAACUUCAUUAUCACUGCCUCGGUUAGCGCCAUUCUAGUCAAUAUCCCACAGACUCAAUAUGCAUACAACGCUUCCAAGGCGGCCGCGGUGCAUCUAGCAAAGAGUCUGGCUGUCGAGUGGACCGACUUCGCGCGUGUGAAUUGCAUUUCUCCUGGUUUCAUUAUGACAAAAAUGCUCACUCAACAGCCCCCCAAGCUUUUCGAAAAGUGGAUAUCCAUGAUUCCCGGUGGCCGUAUCUGCGAACCUGCUGAACUGAAAUCUGCCUAUGUUUUCCUCGCCAGUGAUGCAUGCUGCUAUAUGACUGGAUCAAACCUGGUCAUCGAUGGCGGUUAUACUCUUCCUUGA